AUGGCCAUCAAAGUGCCUUCCGACCAGUCGCCGCCUUUCGAGACGAUAGACGACAAGCACCAUGCCGGUAUUAUUAUCAUCACCGCGGCCGUCUGCCUCAUGAUCUCGCUGGUCUGUCUCUUGAUUCGGAUUUACGUGCGAACUUACCUCUGUCCGCCGUGGGGAUCAGACGAUAUCAUCCUGUUGGGAGCGACGAUCGCCGCCAUCGCCGAGUCGAUCAUCAUCUUCCAUGCCGCAAGUAUCGGCUUCGGAACUGAUAUAUCGCUACUCACAGAGAAGGCUAUUGAUCGUAUACAAAAUUCUUUUCUCGCCGCCGAUAUCCUCUAUCUCAUAACCCUAUAUCUCUCUAAAUGCUGCAUCAUUGCCAUCUACUUGCGUUUGACGCCGCGUAAGCGACACAAAAUCAUCCUCUUGGGGACGCUCGCACUCUGUACAGUGGGGAUCAUCUCGUCAGUGCUGAGCAUCGCCGUCAACUGCGAGGGCAACAAGCCAUGGGCUGUACCUGGCGAACAAUGUCCUAACCUGUUCGCCCGCUGGCAGGCAAUCACGGCGAUUGACAUCUCGAUCGAAAUCUUACUGUCCGCCUUCAGCAUCGGCCUAAUCUGGACUCUGCAGAUGCAGCUGUCACAUAAGAUCAUCAUCAUAGUAUCGUUCGGUGCGAGAAUACCAUUGACUAUAUUCUCAGCUUUCCGUCUCUCUACCUUGAAAGGCUACACGAUGAGCAAUAACCCCACGUUCACCGCAAUUGACCACACGGUCUUCACCCAGCUCCAUCUCAACUACGCUUUGGUGGCAUGCACAGUGUUCUGCCUGCGUCCAUUCAUGAAUGCCGUCACAACAUUUUACGGCACAGCUGGCGACACCAAUCUCGGCAGUAGCAGCGGCUACGGGGAUCGAUAUGCAUCGGGCCCAUUAGGAAGUACAGAUCCUUAUGCGUCGGGCCGGUCACGAGAUUACGAGAUGAGGACUAUGAAGGGACGGGCUGUGCGCCACGCGAGUAAUUCUACGAGGGAGAGGCCGAAUGUCGGCGAUGGGACAGAAAAUGGAACGGUUGUUUGCGAGGCAGUAGGGUCGACUCAUUCAGAACAGCGGAGGACCGAUGCCGAUGGGGGCAGCACACAUAGUGGAAGUGACGGGAGUACGAGGAUGAUCAUUCGAAAAGAGAUUCAGUAUUCUGUUUCUGUAGACCAUGCAUAG